AUGGAUGAUAAAAAUAAAGAAUUAUGUCCAAGACUUCUUGAUUAUUUGGUGUUGGUAGGGAGAAGAGAAAAUACAAAAUUUGAGUCGCAACCUUUGUUGACUUCUUUUGCUCAACAUGAAAAAAAAAAUGUACUAAUAUCAAAUUCUAAUAUAUUACGCCGUUACCCAUCUGAUGAUCACAAAGAUUUUGCUUUACCAAAAGAUGUUACUUUUUUUUGUCAACCAGAAGGAUGUAUAACAUUAGUUUCAAGAAAAAAAUGGCAACAAAGAAGAGAAAUUUCUUCUUUUGUAUUUACAUUAACUGAAAAAGAUUCCGCAAAAAUUAGAUAUGGUGUUUCAUUAAAUUUUUAUUUAAAUUCACCACAUCCUAUUGAAAUAAAUUAUCCUUCUGUAUCAAAAGAACCUAAUGCUACUGGACCAAUAAAAGUUAAAAAAAGAAUUUCAUUGAGCCAUUUAACAAGUAUAUGUAUUAUUAGUCAUCAUCCAUUUUUAUCUGGUUUAAGAGAAAUUGCUAAUUUACUGCGAAAAAUAAUUAUAGCAGCAAAUUAUAGGUGUAAUAAAAAUGAAAAUAUUCCAAAAAAUGCAGUUUGGUCUAUAUUGUUAGGUUAUUGGAGUUCACAAUAUAUUCCAGAAGAGGUAAUGAAAGAAAUAAAAGAUAUAGAGACAUGGAUAUUAAUGGUUCUUAGUUCACCAGUACCAGUACCAGGUAAAACAAAAAUAGAAUUAGAGUUAUUACCAAAAGAAUUUAUGCCAAUGAUUACAUUAGCAUUACCAGAUCAUACAAGGUUUUCUUUAGUUGAUUUUCCACUUCAUUUGCCAUUAGAGUUGUUAGGUAUUGAAACAACAUUAAAAUUAUUAUCAGCAGUUAUGUUAGAAUAUAAAGUUAUUUUACAGUCAACAAAUUACAAUGCUGUUAGUAUGUGUGUUAUGGCAUUAGUUGCUUUAAUGUAUCCUUUAGAAUAUAUGUUUCCUGUAAUUCCACUUUUACCAUCUUAUAUGCCUUCUGCUGAAAAUAUAUUAUUAGCUCCUACACCAUUUAUUAUUGGUUUACCAUCUUCUUUCUUUGCCUUUAAAAAUAUUGAAGUACCAAAUGAUGUUAUAUUAGUUGAUUUAGAUACUAAUGAAAUGAAUAUACCAGAAGAUAUGGAAAUACCUGAAUUUCCUCAACCAGAAAGAGAUAAAUUAAAAUAUGAUUUUGAAGUUGCAUUAGGUAAAAUUUCUGGUAUAUAUAAUGAUGAAAAAAAAUUAACUAAUGAAUUAGAUGAAGAUGAAAUUGAUAUUGGUGUUCGUGUUGGGAUGAUAAAUUUUUAUAAUAGUCCAAAUAUCUUUCUUAAUUUUUCUGAACAUACAAGAACAUUAAGAUUAUAUCCACGUCCUGUUGUUGCAUUACAAAUAGAAUCUUUUCUUCAAAGUCGUCCUACAAAAUCACAAUUUAUAAAAGAUUUAUGUAUGACACAAUCAGUUGAAUAUUUUGCUGAAUGUUCAUUAUGUCCAAGAAAUGAAACGUAUGUUAGAGUACAAACAGGUAUACAACAAGCAUCACAAAUUGGUGAUAAAGCUAAAUGGUUUCAUGAAAAUUUAAUGCCUAUACAUUUCUUAGUUUAUCCUGAUAAUUCUACAAUAAAAGAGGCAUUAGAAAUGACAAGAAAAAUUGGUACUAAUUUACCAAAUGAAUCAGAAGCAGAAGAAAGUAGUUCUGAAAUUGAAGGUGCUAAUGUAUUAGAUGAAUUAUGUAAAAAUGAUGAAAUAGAUGAUAAUGAAAAAAAUUCUGAAGAUAAACCAAUAACACAUGUUAAUCAUAUUUUUUGCCCACCAUCAAAGUUAGAAAUUCCAGAUGAUAUUAGUGUUAAGUCUUUUGGUAGUUCUGUUAGUAGUGGAAGAACUACACCUGAUAGUGAAUCUGAUGUAUCAACAAUGGAUAGUGAACCAGAUUUUGCUAGAAUGGCUAAAAAUAUGGUUUUAAAAAGAAAUGAUAAAGGUCAUAUGGCAUUUGAAAAUCAGUCAUCAUUAUUAUUAAAUGAUAAUAAUGAAAAAAAAUUAAAGGAUACACCAUAUAUAUCUAAACCAUCAAGAAUAAUACGUAGACCUCAAAUAAAAGCUUUUGGUAUUAAAGGAUUUCAAACAAUGACAGAUUCUGGUGAAAAAAUGCUUGGUCCAAAUUUUAUGAAUACAAUAAAUGGUUUUACAGAAAGAAGUUCUGAUAUGUUAUCACAAAUGAUAAGUAAAACAACACCAAAAGCACAAGCUUUAAAAGAAAAAACAAUGCGACCAUUACAUGAUGUUACAGGUCAUUCAUCAGAACAAGAAAAAUCUGAUAAAGAAUCAAAUUUAGCUGCAUCUCAACAAAGAAAAAAUCAACAAAUUAUAAAAGAUGCAUGUGACCAAAUACUUAAUGGAAAUAGUAUUGGUGUAUUUACAUUUUCAAAAGUUAAAAGAUUAAUGGAAGAUGAAAGUUUAAGAGAAUUAGUUUGUCAAAAAUUAAAUUUAGGAUUAUCUAUUAAAUAUACAGAAGAAGAGUAUGAACAAAAUUUUAAAUUAACAAAAGCACAAUAUAAAGGAUAUUUAAAAAUUUUACAAGCAUGCAUACAAGGAUUAGAAACAUCAUUUAAUGCAAAUGGUUCUAGUGGAUUAGCAUCAAUUCUUCAUGUUCUUGAAAUAGCUCAUUGUGUUUUUUGGUUUAAUUCUGAUGGUAUAACAACACCAAAUAGUGAAAUUGAUAGUAAUAUUACAACACCUUCAUCAGGUAAUUAUAAACUUAAUUUACAAGAUGAACAUACACAAAUUAAAUUACCUGCUACAUCAUAUGAUACAAAGCAAAAUAAAAGUUCAUUAGAUAUGAGUAAUAUUGAUGAAACAAAACAAAAAAAUUUAACAAAUGAGGUAAUUGAUAAAAGUAUACCACCACCAAUACCACCAAGACCUGUAAAAGCACCAAUAGGACUUCAACAAGAAUUAAGUUGUAAAAAUAAUUUAGCUAGAAUAAAUAUAAAUUGUACUGAAACAACCAAAUUAUUAAGUAUUAUAAAAAAUCCUGAAGAUGGUGAAAAAACACCAAUAAUAUUAAAUCCUAAUGAACCAAAAGGACCAAUUUCUUUUACACCAUUAACAAAUAUUAAAGAUACUUCAAAUCCAAAUGGUCAAUUAGCACAUUUACCAAGAUCACCAAAUCCACCUAAAAGUUUAACAUUUACAAGACGUAUAUCUGGAACAACAGAUAGUAAUUAUAUUCAAACACCAACAAAUAUGGCAAAACAUUUUUUGUAUGUUGAUUUAAUUGGAACUAAUAAUCCAUUAUGGCAAAAUAUGACAUUUUGGGAGAAUGGUUUUUUUGAUGUUGUAGCACAGGAAAGAGAUAAAAUUGGUAUGGAUCAAGAACCAUCAGAAUUGAUAGAUCGUUAUAGUAGUUUAAGUGAUACAGAAAAAAAACGUCUUGAAUUAGAUGAAGAUAGAAUUUUAGCAACACUUCUUCAUAAUAUGACUGCAUAUAUGGUUAUGUGUGGUACAAAUAAAAAAUUAAUUCAACAAAAAGUUAGAAGACUUUUAGGUAAAGCACAUAUUGGAUUAAUUUAUUCAAAAAAAAUAAAUCAACUUCUUGAUCAAUUACCAAAUGAAGCAACAAAUGAAAUUCCUUUAAAACCUUUAGUAUCAAGAUUAAUGCAAAAACAAUCAUUUGCUGUAAAUAUUGGUUCAGAUAGUGAUUGUCAAUUAGCAUUUAUGGAGGUAUGUGAUGAUGCUGUUGUAUUACGAGCUGUAACAGGAUCAAUUAUGGAAAGAUGGUGGUAUGAAAGACUUGUUAAUAUGACAUAUUCUCCAAAAACACGUGUAUUAUGUAUAUGGAGAAAAAAAGAUGAUCAAGUUUAUAUGCAUAAAUUUUAUACUAAAAAAUGUAGACAAUUAUAUAAUUGUAUGAAAGCAGCAAUGGAACGAGCUGCAGCUAGAGGAAAAGUAACAGUUGCUGGUAGAGAUUUAGAGGGUGAAUUUCCUGUACAUGAUACUACAGUUAAUCAGGGUGGUUUAUUAACAGUUAGAAUAGAUGGAAUCAAAUUAACUUUUGCUAAUUGGAAUCAUUUUAUUGACUUAAAAGAUAUUAAAAAAUGUAAUACAUUUGGUGGUAAUCAAUUUAUGAUUGAAGAAUUUAAUCGUGAAAAACAACAACUUGAACAAAGAAGAUUUUAUUCAAAUAUGGCUCAAGAUAUAGUUUGGAAUCUUCAUAGAGUUUUCUCAGUUAUAACAACAUUAUCUGAAGAAUUACCAAAAAAAGAAAUUGAAGAAAAUAAUGAGACAACAAUAUUAGUUAAUCAUGAAAUUCCAAAAUUUAUUCCAUUACAUUUAAUAAGAAUAUGUCAAUAA